UUUAGGGCUCUGAAACGUGCAGUUGGAGGUGGGGGUGCGGAACCCGGGGACCCUGAACUGAAGGAGGGGAUUCUAGGCGGUAAGGGAGAGGUGUUUUGUGGGCCCCUCGCUUCUAAUUUGGAGGAAGGGACCGGAACCCGAGUGCGUUAAUGCAUCCCGCACCUAGAACGGUGGUGUGGAAUGGGAGUGGAGGUUGCCGAUCGGUGUUUGGCAGGAAGGGGCGGCCUCUCGCGGGGCAGGAAGCUACGCUAGGAAAAGAGGGAGGAGACUGCGGCGGCCGGAGCCGCGGGUAGUGGAAGCUCUAUGUGGUCCAGGUGCUGCUGCCUCAGACACCGAGGCAGAGGACUAGGGAUCCCACCGCUGGGGACUUCGUCGGUGCCUUCGUCCCCUGCUGCGCUGCUCUCCGAGAUAAGCUCCUUGUCUCAGAAUCCUCCCCUUCUUGCAAGCACUCUUUCCGCUGGCCGCUUGCAGAUCAUCCUUCACCCGCAGCUUGCAGCGGAGGCAAUAGUGUUGUGUCCUAUUUGGGCACGUGAGUACUGCGAACCCAGACCUUAGUGAGGUAUGAAGACCCCUCACAAAAAGGCAGCUGCAAGACAGAAAACAAGGGAAGCUGUAGGUCACCACAUUGGAUCUACAACCAUGAGAAAGAAAAAGACUUCUCUAAAGAAGCAAAGGGGCAGACCCUCGAGCCAGUCCCACAGGAACCUCGUGGGCUGCAGGAUUUCUCAUGGAUGGAAGGAAGGAGAUGAACCCAUCACCCAGUGGAAAGGAACCGUACUGGAUCAGGUGCCUAUAAACCCCUCUCUUUACCUGGUGAAAUAUGAUGGAAUAGACUGUGUCUAUGGACUGGAACUUCACAGAGAUGAAAGGAUUUUAAAGCUUAAAAUCCUUCCUGAUAAGGUGCCAUUUUCUCGAGUCAGAGAUGUGCGCCUUGCAAACACCAUAAUUGGCAAAGCAGUGGAACAUAUGUUUGAGGGUGAGCAUGGUUCUAAGGAUGAAUGGAGGGGGAUGGUCCUUGCCCAAGCGCCUAUCAUGAAGGCCUGGUUUUAUAUUACCUAUGAGAAAGACCCUGUGCUGUACAUGUACCAGCUUCUAGAUGAUUAUAAAGAAGGGGACCUCCGUAUCAUGCCACAGUCCAGUGAGCCUCCUCCGGCAGACAGAGAGCCAGAAGGUGUAAUAGAUGGCCUGAUAGGUAAACAUGUGGAGUAUACCAAAGAAGAUGGCUCCAAAAGGACGGGCAAGGUCAUUCACCAAGUUAAAGCCAAGCCUUCUGUGUAUUUCAUCAAGUUUGAUGAUGAUUUCCAUAUUUAUGUCUAUGAUUUGGUGAAAAAGACCUGUUAGAGUAAAAUGUGCAAAGGAUGGGGAAGCAAAUGUAUAAUUUGUAGUUGUGCAAAGAAUGUUAAUUUUUCAGUGUUUUAGAAGGCUAAGGGUCUGUGAUAACCCAAUAGCUUUGCCAGCAUAACAGUUGUUUUGUUCUGAAAAAUACAAAUAUAUGGACUUGACAUGUUGUAUGUAAACAUUUAGUCUUGUGGAAAAGAUUUGAUGUAUUUGGUGAAUGGGACAUGAAAGGAAGGAACAGCUGUAAAUUCAGCCUGUAAAUAAAGGGCAUCUAGUAUCAUAAUCAUUCAUGUAAAAAUGGAAUUAUACUUAGCUGAUCUGGUCUGAGGGGAGGGGAAAGAACUGUAAAUGGGGUGUGGGGAGGGAACAGGAAGAAGUGACUGCUAAGGAAGAGGUGGAGAAGGUCUAGAAAUGAGGCUCCUUGGAGGAGGAAUAAAGUUAAAGGGAGAAGCAUACAAUUGGGAAGGGAGAAAAGUAUAACAGAGUGAUAUCUUGGGGCUUAGGAGCAAAUAGAUUAAAUGUAGCAUAAAGGGACACAAAGAAACUUAGAAAAGAUCCAGGAUAAGUAUAAGAAAGAUCAAGUUGACAGUGAUCUGGGCAGAGACUAAAUGAUACAUAAAGGAGAAGCAUGGAUGGCGCUGAGGAAAAAAAAAAAAAUGAAUACCAGGAAGAAGGCAUGAAUGAGUAUUCAGAAAAAAAGGGUGUGUUUUGUGAGAACUAGGAUAGAUGGGAAGUUCCUGGAAAGCUGAACUUCCAGCAGUAUCUGCAUUGACCUUCUUGACUCCAUUCACAAAGGUAUUGUCUAUUGUUAAAGAAUAUAGAUGUAGUAGAAGCUCCUUAGAAGGGUAUUUUGAUGAAGAUAACAUGGAUACAUUUUGUCAGACACUUUAUGUAUUGAGAUAAUCUUGUGAUUAUUGUCCUUGAUUCUGUUUAUGUGCUGUAUUAUGUUGAUUAAUUUGCAUAUGCUAAAAUAUCUUGGUAUCUGUUGUCAAAUUGAUUGGAUCGGGAAUCAAGCUAGUGACAUGCCUCUUGAGUAGAAUCUGUGAUGGUAAACUGAGGGGGUAAAACCCUCAUUCAGAUUGGACAACCCUUCUGGCAGUAUUCUAUAUAUAAAGAGAUUCUGUGAAAAAGCAGUAUGUGGCCACCCUUGCCGGUGAGUGCAUCUUCCUUCUCAGAAGGGCAUUUUGACAAAGAUAACUCAGAUAAGCAAAUCAAGAGGAAAGUUUACACCUGUAAGACUUUUUAUUUCAGGCUGUUUGUGCCACAACUGACAAGCAGAACCUCAACUCUCAAGCAAAACGAAUAUGGUGCUUUAUAACCUCUAGCCUGAAGGCUGCCUCCUUGUAUUUAGAGAAGCCUCAAAAUAGUAAAUCUAGGACCAGAAGGUUAUGAUUCAUUUCCGUUAUUGUGAAUGAACAAUAUGUUUGGAGAAUGAAUUACUGAGGUUCUCAGAACUUAUAAAUUAUGGCAUCAUGAGUUUGGAAUAUAUUUUAUCUGGAAUAAAUGGAGUCCUACAAAGCCCUGGUAUAGAGGACUUAUCACUGUUCUUCAUCCUGCUGGAAUAUCCUUUGUCUUCCUAGGCAUCUGAUGAUUGAGCUUCAUGUCUCUCAAUGAUGUGGAGAGAGCUAAUGUCAGCAGUUGCCUGAAACCUGUAGGUGGCUCCAUCCAGUGUACUACCAAAGGAGACCCUCACCCUCUUGGAGCCCCAUUCUAGCUAGAACCCCCCUCUCCCAAAGGCCAUGACUCCUCACUUCUCCCUGCUGGCACUUGAUGAAUAUUGCCAUGGAUCCCAUUAAACUCAUGAGAGCUAUGAUGGAAGUUUGUGUAACUAUUUGUUUCCAGGUAAUAUAGAUGUCAUGGGCAGCAGGGCCAGGAAAUGUGACUUUGUAUAGUUUCUUCAGCUGUAUAUUGCCAUGUGGAAGGGUUGUGGUUGGUGGGGAGAAGUGGCAUUUGCAAUAAAGUUCCUCACAACUAUGA